AUGAGUGUUCAUACUGGAGAAGAAACACAAAGGACUGGAAUACCAGGAAGAAUUGAUGGAAAUGAAGAAGAUAUGACAAUUGCAGAACUUAGACAAAGAUUGAUUGCAGAACGGAGAAGAGAUGACGAAGAGCGUGUGAAUACGAUUCGUCAAAAUGAUGAUCUGAGAGAAGAAAAUCUUAGGUUACAUGAACAGAGAUCAAGAAGUGCUACAAGGUCAAGAUCAAGGUCAAGAUCAAGGUCAAGAAGAAGUUCAUCAAAACAAAGUCAAUCUAACCGUGAAAAUGAUAGGCAAAGACAUCGCAUGGAAGUUAUUGAAGAAAAUUCGCAAGAAAAUAACAAUUCACAGGAUCAACAGGAGAGAAGAUGUACAAUUCAAGAUCGAGGAACUAAACGAUAUGAACAUCCACGUGAGCUUCUUCGUCGCACACAUCAUAAUAUUGAAAAAGAGGAAGAUGAUCCAAGACAAGAGAAGAUGAUGUUACAUGGAAGAGAAAUGGUGAGGAAUCAGUAUGAGCGCGAAGAGGAGAUUACACAUGCGGGAGAUGAAAGAAAUAGACAAAGAAGAAGAGAAUAA